AGAGCAGCCAAAGAAAACUUCGCACACGGCAUCAGUGCCCGCGCUUCUGUCGGCAGUAGGAAGUCAAGGAUCGAACAGGACUACCGAAGUUACUUGCUAUUUUCCCGUACCAGCGAGUGUAGAAAACGAAAACAUGUUUAAAAACACGUUCCAGUCGGGGUUUCUCUCGAUACUAUACAGCAUAGGCAGUAAACCGCUCCAAAUUUGGGACAAGAAGGUGCGGAACGGGCAUAUCAAGCGCAUCACCGAUCAGGACAUUCAGUCGCUGGUGCUGGAAAUCAUUGGCACGAACGUGAGCACCACGUAUAUCACCUGUCCGGCCGAUCCGAAAAAGACGCUCGGCAUCAAGCUGCCCUUUCUGGUGAUGAUCAUAAAAAAUCUCAAGAAAUACUUUACGUUCGAAGUGCAGGUGCUGGAUGAUAAAAAUGUGCGCCGUCGGUUUCGGGCCAGCAACUACCAAUCGACGACCCGCGUUAAACCAUUCAUCUGUACGAUGCCGAUGAGGCUGGACGAAGGUUGGAAUCAGAUCCAGUUCAAUCUGUCCGAUUUCACGCGCCGUGCGUACGGCACCAACUAUGUGGAGACGUUGCGCGUACAAAUCCAUGCCAACUGCCGAAUACGGCGCGUGUACUUCUCCGACCGGCUCUACUCCGAGGAUGAACUGCCAGCAGAAUUUAAGCUGUUCCUGCCGAUUCAAAAACCUCAAUCGAAAGCGAUCGCCCAGCAGGCUUGCUAGGCGAUGCCGAAUACCGGUUUUCGAAGCAAAAGACUUAAAGAGUGUGUGCUUUUUUCUAGAAUAUCUACCACGUAGAACGAUAGCGAUAAGGUAAAUGGAAAUAUUUCGUACGCUUGAUUCAAUUUAACAGUCCGUAUCACUGUUUGCAGCUUAAACUAGUGUUUGAUUUGCAAAAAAAAAACCCACCCCGUUUUUGGCAAAUCGGAAUCAAAUUCAAAUUUGAAUUUCGGAUUCAAAAGUGUCCUUAAAAAAUAACCCAGACGAACAUAAUGCACAACGUUUCAUGUAAGUGUACGGCUGGCAGAGUUUGCAGGUGUGGAAUUUUCGGUACUCUUUGUUUUGCCUUACUCAACUUCGCAAAUUUAAUUUUUGGACUGCAAACGACAUCGUACGUAAGACAACGGUUGGGCUUAUAAUGGUAGACGUCGUGUGUGUGUGGAACGUGUGUGACAAACGUGAAAAUGGCUAAGAAAUUAAUGGCCAUUAAUUUUUAUUUAUAAAUCGAUUAAAUAAAACAUUGAGGCAUGAAAGUAA